GUAAACGGCGGGGGCGUGGCUCCAGGCCCUUCCUCGUGUAGUUACCUGAGAAACGCGCAAAGUUGAGAUCGGUAGCUGUUGCAUCUCCUGCCGAGGUGGUUUUUUUCUUCUGCAAGAGCCGCGAGUGUGUCCGCGGGCCCAGAGGGUGAGGCAGACUCGGUCUCUGGCGGGGCGCGAUGGAGGUAGUAGAGGCCGCCGCCGCUCAGCUGGAAACUCUGAAAUUCAGUGGCACCGGCUCUGGGGUUGGCGAAGGUUCGGCGGUGUCUUGUCCGGGUUCAGCUGCUGCGCCAGAGCCCUUGCCGCCACAGUCGUACGAGGAGUCCCCGGACCCUGGGCAGGCCGUGGAGGCUAAGCUUGCCGGGGAGCAGCCGCCGCAGCCCGCUCUGAGCGCCGCCGCGGGCGGGAGCGCGGCUGCGGAGCCUCAGACAGAACCGCCGCCCUGCGGGGACUGCGUCACUGACCCGGGCGCUGGAGACACGGCGCGAACUUCAGACUCCUUGGAGACCUCGGACUCGGAUUCGGACUCGGACUCGGACAGUGAAACAGAUUCAGAUAGUUCAAGCUCCUCCUCUUCCUCAUCAUCAUCCUCAUCUUCCUCUGCCUCUUGUAUAUCGCUUCCUCCAGUGCUGUCAGAUGGAGAAGAUGAUUUACAAAUUGAGAAGGAAAAUAAGAAUUUUCCUCCUAAAACGAAAGAUGAGUUACUUCUUAACGAACUACCUUCUGUUGAAGAACUCACUAUUACUCUACCUGAGGACAUUGAAUUAAAGCCUCUUGGGAUGGUUUCAAGUAUUAUUGAACAAUUAGUAAUAAUUGAAUCUAUGAAUAACCUACCUCCAGUUAAUGAAGAGACUGUGAUUUUUAAAAGUGAUCGACAAGCAGCAGGAAAGAUAUUUGAGAUAUUUGGACCUGUUGCACAUCCAUUUUAUGUGUUACGGUUUAAUUCUUCAGAUCACAUUGAGAGUAAAGGCAUUAAAAUAAAGGAGACUCUGUAUUUUGCUCCUUCAACGAAAGACUUCACCCAAUAUAUAUUCACAGAAACACUUAAACAGGAUAGGGGAUCAGAUGCAUCAUGGAAGAAUGAUCAGGAACCACCACCAGAUGCCUUAGAUUUCAGUGAUGAUGAAAAAGAAAAAGAAGCCAAACAAAGGAAAAAAUCUCAGAUUCAAGGCCGGAAAAAACUCAAGUCUGAAUUUAAUGAGCCAGGUGAAGAUUUUGCUGAAGUACAUCAGAAUUGGAAUGCUCAUGGCUCAGCUUCAGAAUAUGCAAAAGGAUAUUGCAACAGAGAAUUCACACGAGGAUUUUCCAGGGGUAAAUAUCCUCAGUCUUGCCGUGGCAGGCCUCCACCUCAGCAGUUUUAUAACUCAGAACAUAUGGUAUCUCAGGAGACUUCAGGAUUUGCUCCACAGAGACAAGAUAAUACUAUUAUGCCACAAUAUCUUUUUCCUCCUCCAGUGUUUGACAUGCAUAAUUUUGCAAUCCCUCCACCACCGCCACCACCACCGCCACCCCCAUCUAUGCACAUGGGUUGGGCUGCACCUAACAUGGCAUCUCAUCCAUUACUUAAUUUACCAUACUCCCUACCCCCACCUCCUCCCCCUCCACCGCUGCCUCCCGCACCCUCUUCUGGAGAUAGUAACUCUCAUUUUGGACCUUACUAUUAGAUGAAUGUAUGCAUUUCCUGAGAAAUGUGGACUUUCCAUAUUAUAUGGAAAGGAUUUGGUUUUUUUUAUAAGAAAGUGAUUAUGGAGCUAGAUUUUUAAAACCACUGUAAAAUACUAAGUGAUUCCUUUAGUUGUAAGUUAAUAUAUAUUUGGAACCUUUGUCAAAUUGUAUUCAUAUGAAAAUUUCAGCUUAAAUUCUUGGGGGCAAUCCAGUUAUGUAGUAUUUAAUUAAAACUUUGAAUCCAUGCCUUCCCCCACUCCAUUAAAUAAUAUGUAUAUAGUAAUGGGUAUGGAACAAGUUUCAUCGUGGAUGAAAAUACACUGAAUAUAUUGUCUUCUUCAUAUAAUCUGAAAAUAAGAUGUAGAAGUGCUC